AUGGGAAUUGUUCAGUUUUCAGGGUAUGCAGCGAACAUAAAGUCUGAGGAGGAGCCAAAUGCAUCAAAUUGGAUAAGUGAAGACUGUGAAACUGACGCAGAAGAACUUACUCAAUCAACCAACAAAAAUAGGACUUUUCUGGAGAGUUUUGAAAAGUUACAGAAAGAGCUGGACUGGAUAGGGCAGGAAAAGGAAAGCCUUGCUGAGGAGAACAUGUUGUUGACUGCACUUAAAGAAGCUGAAAUGGCAUCAAUAUCUGCAGCUGAGCAGGUGGCAAGACUUCGGAACUCCGUUGCCGAAUUAAUGCAGGUGAAUCAACUUCCAGCCUCGGGGUUUAGUGGAUUUACUGAAGAAAAGAACAUGUUUCUAGAGAAACUGGAAAAUUUCAAGAUUGCAAGCCAAAAGUUACAAUACCUCUUGACGGAGCAAUGGAAUUCUGAGCCUUGUAUGGAUUGUACCAACAGACAAGUCAAAGUGUUGACACAGAAGCUGACAAGAUGUGAAACUGAAAAUAUUCAUUUAAAAAGAAGACUGCAGGAUGUUGAGAACAAUGCUAAAGAAGCUUUGGAGCUAUGUCAGAUGGAAAAGGUUAAUUCUUGCUUUGUAAAGCAGCUGUCAAAGUCUGUUGAAGCAACCCAAGCUCGUCUACAAGGGCAGCUUAGAAACAAAGAAGUCAGAAACAACAGAAUGUCAAGUCAGAUCCUGAAAUUUGAGGGCACUGUAACUGGCCAGAAGUUGCAGAUCACCCACCUUAAAUCACAGCUGGUAGCUCUGGAAGAGCAGCUUGCUGCGGACGAAGAGGUUCUAAAGAAGGCAACACGGGCUCAAAGAAAGAGAGCAGAGAGAUUUGAAGCUGCUGUGGAAGACCUUAAUUCCCAGGUCAAGGAAAAGGAUCUGAAGCUGCUAGAGGUGCGACUGGACAUUGACAGCUGGAAGAAACAACAUGAUUUGGCUUUUGAUGAAAGGGCCCAGUUGGAAACUGAAAAAUUUUCUCUCUCCCAUCAGGUGGCUGGUCUCGAGGAACAGUUUCAGAGAGCUACAGAAAGAAGCAGAUCCACAAGCCAUGAAUUUCUCAACAAAUUACACAACAGCAACUUGGAAAACUCCAAUCUCAAACUGGAAAAUGCGCAAUUAAAGGCCAUGGUUACAGCUAUGGAAGAAAAUGUAUCAGUGACAACAGCAGGACUUGAACAGCUCAAAGCCAAAGCUGAACAUCAGAAGGAAGUUGUUAUACAUUCCGAAACACAGGCUGACAACCAGAACUUUAAAUUGAAAUCAUCUUCGGAAAUGGUGGAAUCUUUGAGUGAAGAGAAGCAGAAAUUGCAGAUGACAUUAGAAGUUCUUUCUUGGAAACUGAAGGAGGUUAAUUUACACAAUGAAGAACUAAAAGAGACAAUGGCACAACAAGAAGAAGCUUUUCUGCUUAGCAAAUCUCAGCUAGAAGAGAGGACAUGGGAAUCUGCUGCGCUGCGUCGACAGCUGGAAGCUGCUUUACAUGAUGUUACUGAAAAGGUCAGAGAGGUGAAGGAUCAGACCGAAACUCAAGAACAUGCCCUUCAGAGCAAACUACAUAGCCUUGGAUCGGAAUUAAAUAGAAAGACCAAAGAACUGCAACAGCUUCAAUGGAACAAGAAUAAUGCUGAGAGGAAUCACGAAACACAUCUGCAGGAGUUGAGGCUCAGUCUUGAGCAAUCAGAGAACGAAAACCAGAGCAUUCAGAAUUACAUGCGUUUUCUGAAAUUGUGCUAUACAAUCAUGUUUGGAGACAACACCAUAACAGACUUUCAUGGUGAGCCAGCAUUGAGAUGAGUAACUUAAUCAUCACAGGAUUUGAUGGAGACUUGCAAUGGCCACCCAUUUAACGUUUGUUUUAUACUUAAUUAUGAAAUUUUAAAUUUGACUUUUAUUAAGAAAAUUAAGUAAAGAUCAUGCAAAUUGUGCUGGAUGUAUUUUUCCCUGUGAUUAAACGCAAAUACUGCACAAAAGAAAGAACUACUGUAUUUAAUGUUCCUAAACUAAUAUGCUUGAAUAUUAUGUUUUUCAGCCCAAUUUCCAUCUAAUGUC